UCUCUCUCUCUCUCUCUCUCUCUCUUCCCUCAUACUCUCGCUUCCUCUUCACCGUGCAACGGCGAGGGUGGACCAGGCAUGCUCGCCCCGGCCACAGCAUCUCCUCCGAGGCGGCAUCAAACUUGACUACACACACACACACACACACGGAGAAGUGUACGGAGAAGACAGUGUGCAGCAUCGCGGACACGUCCCUUCCCCCGGCGUCGUGGGCGCUCUCCGUGGUGCUGAAAGUGGAAACUCGUGCAGCCGAUCAACUAGUGAAGGAAGGAGGCAAGGCACGCCGAGCCGCACUUGGCAGCUUCUUGUGGACUGCAUGGUCCUCAGGAGUGGAGCACAGUCUAUAACCUUCUCUCGCAAUGGUGUGGGAGGGGAUGAAGCGGAGGAUGGCGUUGGAUUCCCUGUUUGGACGGAGGCGGAGGCUGUCCUGCUUCUUCUGGUUCCUCCUGCUGUUCGGUGUUGGAGUUCUGCUUUUCUUCAUCCAGCUGCAGGACGCGCCGGGGUGUGCGCCGCAACAAGGAUACGCGUUACAGCUUGAAGGAACUCUGCAACAGUCGAGAGAGACUUUGUCGACUCAGGACAAAGAGAGAGGAAAAUCAGACAUCUACCAGGACCACCAGGCGAAAUCAGACCUCUACCAGGACCACCAGGCGAAAUCAGACAUCUACCAGGACCACCAGGCAAAAUCAGACAUCUACCAGGACCACCAGGCGAAAUCAGACAUCUACCAGGACCACCAGGCGAAAUCAGACAUCUACCAGGACCACCAGCACCAGGCUGCUGAUGUCUUCAAGGUCCUGAAAACAAGCCCUCCCACCCGAUGCAUCAACAACAACACGCCCACAUCCAGCUCCUCUUCUCCGUCUUCAUGGUCCUGCUCAGGUUUGUCGUCCCACCAGCGCUGGAGGGACCUCUGCAGCAUCCAGGAGCAGCGCCAGCAGCUGGUGAGGACCAUGUGCGCCAAGUACAGGAGCCGCAUCUCCAAGACCAUCACGCUGCAACUCGCCAAGAACAUCUACGUGGAGGACAAAUACAAGAUCCUGUACUGCCAGGUUCCCAAAGUGGGUUGUUCCAACUGGAAGCGGAGUCUAAUGGUGCUGGGGGGCCAGGCCUCCGACCCCCAGGACAUCCCGCAUGAAAUGGCCCACAGCAGACGUUUGAAGACGCUAGACAGCUUCCAAAGAUCGGGGGCCAUUAAGCGCUUGAAAACGUACACCAAGGUCAUGUUUGUGCGAGAACCCUUAGAGAGGAUGGUGUCGGCCUACAGGGACAAGUUUGAGAACCCCAACGAGUACUAUCACUCUUCUUUUGGGAAAUACAUCAUCUCCAAGUACAGGGUCAACGCAUCUAGGGCGGCUUUGGAUUCGGGCGACGGGGUCACCUUCCAGGAGUUCGUGCAAUACCUGCUGGAUGUCCACCGCCCGGUGGGCAUGGACAUCCACUGGGAGACGGCCAAUCAGCUGUGCAGCCCUUGCCUCAUAGACUACGACUUCAUCGGCAAGUUUGAGAACAUGGACGACGAGUCCAGCCUCUUCCUGCACUUGGUCGGGGCGCCGCCCAACUUUACUCUGCCUACUUUCAAGGACAGGAACCCGGGCGACAAGAAGACCUCCUCGGAGAUCACGCAGAAAUACUUUGCGCAAGUCGGCCCGUCGGAGAGGCAGCGGGUUUACGAUUUCUACUACAAGGACUAUCUGAUGUUUAACUACUCCAAACCUUUUCCAGAUUUACACUGAUUGACUUUUACCGAGAUGUCCGCCGCUCUUCUACGUUGGCUCAUCUAAUUAAAGCUUUUUUUUUUUUCAAGUUAGCCAAACACUUUCAACCACAUCACAAGAUGCAAAAACGUAAUGCUGCAGUAGGUUGAUGUCAUACUAGCGACAAAAAAAUACUAUCGACAUGAUCUGUUAUCCAGGGCUCCAGUCUUUUUUUUUGUUUUUGUUUUUUUUUACCAGGAGCAAAGUGGCCCCGAACUUCAAAUUUUAGGGGCGAAAGUAAAAACUUUAGGGCCGCACACCGAAACCGACCACACUUCCUCUCAUUUUUACCGUAUCGCUUAUAAAUACUAUCAGUGGCGUCAUUAGGUCAAUUUUAGGGGGGAUUCAGCAUUUUGCAACAUUUUAGGGGGGCUUCAGACCCCCCUAAUAAAGAAAUUUUUAUUGAUUUUUUUUUUACCAAAAGAAUCUCUGACAAAUUUCAUAUGAUAGGGCAAAAACAGGCAAAUUUUAGAAAUUUAUUUAUUGAUUUUUUUUAACCAAAAGAUUCCCUGACAAAUUUCAUAUAAUAGGGCAGAAGCAGGCAAAUAAGAUUUUAGGCGUUUUAGGGCUGAAUUCCCCCUAAAAUAUUCUUAAGCCCCCCCCCCCCCCCCCCCCUAAAUAAUUUGAUAUUUUUUAUGGAUUUUUUAAAAUGUAUUUAUUUAUUUAUUUUUAGCGAAAAAAUGUCUGACAAAUUUCAUAAGAUAGGGCAAAAACAGGCUAAUAAGAUUUUUAGGGAUUUUAGGGCUGAAUCCCCUAAAAGCCCCCCUAAAUAAUUUCAUAUUUUUUAUUGAUUUUUUUAACGAAAAAAAAAACGAAACCGACCACACUUCCUCUCAUUUUUACCGUAUCGCUUAUAAAUACUAUCAGUGGCGUCAUUAGGUCAAUUUUAGGGGGGAUUCAGCAUUUUGCAACAUUUUAGGGGGACUUCAGACCCCCCUAAAAAAAAAUUUUUUAUUGAUUUUUUUUUUUUUACCAAAAGAAUCUCUGACAAAUUUCAUAUGAUAGGGCAAAAACAGGCAAAUUUUUUAAAUUUAUUUAUUGAUUUUUUUUAACCAAAAGAUUCUCUGACAAAUUUCAUAUAAUAGGGCAAAAGCAGGCAAAUAAGAUUUUAGGCGUUUUAGGGCUGAAUUCCCCCUAAAAUAUUCUUAAGCCCCCCCCCCCCCCUAAAUAAUUUGAUAUUUUUUAUGGAUUUUUUAAAAUGUAUUUAUUUAUUUAUUUAUUUUUAGCGAAAAAAUGUCUGACAAAUUUCAUAAGAUAGGGCAAAAACAGGCUAAUAAGAUUUUUAGGGAUUUUAGGGCUGAAUCCCCCUAAAAGCCCCCCUAAAUAAUUUCAUAUUUUUUAUUGAUUUUUUUUAACGAAAAAAAAAACGAAACCGACCACACUUCCUCUCAUUUUUACCGUAUCGCUUAUAAAUACUAUCAGUGGCGUCAUUAGGUCAAUUUUAGGGGGGAUUCAGCAUUUUGCAACAUUUUAGGGGGUCUUCAGACCCCCCUAAAAAAAAUUUUUUUAUUGAUUUUUUUUUUUUACCAAAAGAAUCUCUGACAAAUUUCAUAUGAUAGGGCAAAAACAGGCAAAUUUUUGAAAUUUAUUUAUUGAUUUUUUUUAAACAAAAGAUUCUCUGACAAAUUUCAUAUAAUAGGGCAAAAGCAGGCAAAUAAGAUUUUAGGCAUUUUAGGGCUGAAUUCCCCCUAAAAUAUUCUUAAGCCCCCCCCCCUAAAUAAUUUGAUAUUUUUUAUGGAUUUUUUAAAAUGUAUUUAUUUAUUUAUUUUUAGCGAAAAAAUGUCUGACAAAUUUCAUAAGAUAGGGCAAAAACAGGCUAAUAAGAUUUUUAGGGAUUUUAGGGCUGAAUCCCCCUAAAAGCCCCCCUAAAUAAUUUCAUAUUUUUUAUUGAUUUUUUUUUUACGAAAAAAAAAAACGAAACCGACCACACUUCCUCUCAUUUUCACUGUAUCGCUUAUAAAUCAGUGGCGUCAUUAGGCCAAUUUUAGGGGGGGCUUCAGCAUUUUUCAACAUUUUACGGGGUCUUCAGACCCCCCCGAAAUAAUUUGAUAUUUUUUAUAGAUUUUUGAAAUUUAUUGAUUGAUUUUUUUUUUAACCAAAAGAAUCUCUGACAAAUUUCAUAUAAUAGGGCAAAAGCAGGCUAAUAAGAUUUUAGGGGUUUUAGGGCUGAAUUGCCCCUAAAAUGUUCUUAAGCCCCCCUAAAUAAUUUUAUAUUUUUUAUGGAUUUUAUUUAUUUAUUUUAUUUUUACCGAAAAAAUCUCGGACAAAUUUCAUAUGAUAGGGCAAAAGCAGGCUAAUAAGAUUUUAGGGGUUUUAGGGCUGAACCCCCCCUAAAAUGUUCUUUAAACCCCCUAAAUAAUUUGAUAUUUUUUAUUGAUUUUUUUUUAACAAAAAAAAAUGAAACCCACCACACUUCCUAUCAUUUUCACUGUAUCGCUUAUAAAUACUAUCAGUGGCGUCAGGGCUUCAGCAUUUUUCAACAUUUUAGGGGGGCUUCAGACCCCCCCUAAAUAAUUUGAUAUUUUUUAUAGAUUUUGGAAAUUUAUUUAUUGAUUUUUUUUUUACAAAAAAGAUCUCUGACAAAUUUCACAUGAUAGGGCAAAAGCAGGCUAAUAAGAUUUUAGGGGUUUAGGGCUGAAUCCCCCUAAAAUGUUCUUAAGUCCCCCUAAAUAAUUUGAUAUUUUUUAUGGAUUUAAAUUUUUUUUUUUUUUUUUUUUUUUUUUACCAAAAGAAUCUCUGACAAAUUUCAUAUGAUAGGGCAAAAGCAGGCUAAUAAGAUUUUAAGGGUUUUAGGGCUGAAUUCCCCCUAAAAUGUUCUUAAGUCCCCCUAAAUAAUUUGAUAUUUUUUAUGGAUUUAAAAAUUUUUUUUUUUUUUUUUUUUUUUUUUACCAAAAGAAUCUCUGACAAAUUUCAUAUGAUAGGGCAAAAGCAGGCUAAUAAGAUUUUAAGGGUUUUAGGGCUGAAUUCCCCCUAAAAUGUUCUUAAGUCCCCCUAAAUAAUUUGAUAUUUUUUAUGGAUUUAAAUUUUUUUUUUUUUUUUUUUUUUUUUUUACCAAAAGAAUCUCUGACAAAUUUCAUAUGAUAGGGCAAAAGCAGGCUAAUAAGAUUUUAAGGGUUUUAGGGCUGAAUUCCCCCUAAAAUGUUCUUAAGCCCCUCUAAAUAAUUUGAUAUUUUUUAUAGAUUUUGGAAUUUUUUUUUUUUUUUUACAAAAAAAAAAUCUCUGACAAAUUUCAUAUAAUAGGGCAAAAGCAGGCUACUAAGAAAUCCAUUAAGCAGGCUAAUACUAGCCUAAGUAUUAAUCAGAAGAAGAAUAAUGAUGAUAGUAAUAAUAAUAAUAAUAAUUCCUCAGAACCUAGUGACGCCCCUGAAUACUAUUAUCAUAUUUUCCGGACUAUAAGUCGCACUUUUUUUCAUCGGUUGGCUGUUCCUGCGACUUAUACUCCAGAGCGACUUAUAAAUGAAAAAACUGUUGAUGUUACAUAAACACUGGAUACCUUUUCUGUUUAUAUUUAUUUUUUGUGCGACUUAUGUAUGUUUUUUUUCUACCUAAUUAUGCAUUUUUGGCCUUGUGCAACUUAUACUCCUGAGCGACUUAUAGUCCAGAAAAUACGGUAACCCUCUUUUGACAAACAUCGGCCUUCUUCUUUGGUAUUGGUUUUGGGGGCAACAAACGGAAAAGGAAACAAAACGGCCAGAGACAGAAGAAAGAGCCAGGCAAAAUGUGUAAACAAAGAUGGAAGACAAGUCAAUGAAGUCGAUUGAAAUGUGAGCGAUCCAACAUGCUGGCAUCGAUAGCCGUCAUCGGUUGACUCCAUAUUUUUAUUUCUCACCAUAACAAAGUGCGUCCCUCGUCAACCAUUCAGUUGCCGUCUGGAGCCCUGUUAUCUACGAGCACAUGCUGAGGUGGAAUUUUGAAAUGAUGUUAUUCUUCUUUAAAAAAAAAAAAAAAGUUUAAUCGUGUUCAACAGGCUUUAAAUGAUGUCUCACUGUACGUCAAACAGGAAAUGCAAAUGCUUAGUAAGGGCUGGACGCCCUGGAGUUUGGUAUGUUUGAGUAUUAGGGCCACACGUGUCUACGAAAAACGGUCAUUAUCGUUGUAAUACUUGAUUUUCCGCUUGGAGUUUGCAUGUUCUCCCCGUGCAUGCGUGGGUUUUCUCCGGGUACUCCGGUUUCCUCCCACAUUCCAAAAACAUGCUAGGUUAAUUAGCCACUCCAAAUUGUCCAUAGGUAUGAAUGUGAGUGUGAAUGGUUGUUUGUCUAUAUGUGCCCUGUGAUUGGCUGGUCACCAGUCCAGGGUGUACCCCGCCUCUCUCGUCCGAAGACAGCUGGGAUAGGCUCCAGCAUGCCCCCUAGUGAGGAUAAGCAGCAUAAAAAUGGAUGAAUGGAAUAUUAAAGGCUGCCACAAAUGAUUAUUAGUUGUCAUGAUAAAGUUUUUUUUUUGCCAGAAAAAAACAGAAGGAAAAAAAGACAAAUUAAAUUAAAUUAAAUUAAAUUAAAUUAAAUUAAAUUAAAUUAAAUUAAAUUAAAUUAAAUUAAAUUAAAUUAAAUUAAAUUAAAUUAAAUUAAAUUAAAUUAAAUUAAAUUAAGGCGGCACAGUGUUCAUGUGGUUAACGCGCAGACCUCACACCUAGGAGACCCGAGUUCAAUUCCACCCUCUGCCAUCUCUGUGUGGAGUUUGUAUGUUCUCCCCGUGCAUGCCUGGGUUUUCUCCGGGUACUCCUCCCACAUUCCAAAAACAUGCUAGGUUAAUUAGCGACUCCAAAUUGUCCAUAGGUAUGAAUGUGAGUGUGAAUGGUUGUUUGUCUAUAUGUGCCCUGUGAUUGGCUGGCCACCAGUCCAGGGUGUACCCCGCCUCUCUUGCCUGAAGACAGCUGGGAUAGGCUCCAGAACCCCCCGCGACCCUCAUGAGGAAAAAGUGGCAGAAAAGAAUUAAAUUAAAUUAAAUUAAAUUAAAUUAAAUUAAAUUAAAUUAAAUUAAAUUAAAUUAAAUUAAAUUAAAUUAAAUUAAAUUAAAUUAAAUUAAAUUAAAUUAAAUUAAAUUAAAUUAAAUUAAUGUUCAACUAUUUUAACGGUUGACAUAAUCUCGACAUGUCAACUAAUCGUGGCAGCCCAUCUCUGAAUACAACCCUUGUUUUCUUAUUAGAUUUUUAAAAAUACAUUACAAUUAAAAAGUGAAAAUAUUCCCUUUAAUAUAGUAUACCACUUUUACAAACUUUUAUAUAUAAAAAAAUCAAAUUUCUAAAAUAAUAAUAAAACUUUUUUUUGUAAAUUAUCAAUAGUUUUUAAAAAAUUGUGAUAAAUGUCCAAAAAUAUGCCUUUUUUUACUUUGUUUAAUACAAUUCCUGCAAGUUACUACAUUAUGAAUAUAUUCUCAUAACUUUACAGCUUUUCUCGUCAUUUAGAAAUGUUUCCCCCUCUACUGUGGCCCUAAUACUCCCUAAUACUCCCUAAUACUCCAACAUGCAGUUGAUUAAAAUCUUUGUUUUAAUAAGACAGUAUUCAUACUUCCAUGUAAAAGCGUUCUUUCCUGCCACGUUUGCAUUGACUACUUGACUUACAGCAGCGUGGGCAUCAGUAUACCUCUAUCUGUGUACCUGUGCAUACUAAUACUGACAUUUGGUGUAAAUGUUUGGGUACUAAACAUAAACUCACACAAUGGACUCGUAUAAUCCUUGAAAUGUGUCCGGGGCUGCCCACUCUGGAGCCGUGUACACUUAUUGUAGCAUUUUUUUUUGUACUUUGAUGCUCCUUGUGCUUUGAACACUCGUCACCGGAAGUCGUAUUUACUUGGAGAUCCAGGUACUUACAGGGUACAAAGUGUUGCUGGCUGUUCCCGGUACACACUUGACUAUGAAGAGUGCUGGCGACUGAAAUCAUCUCCAUUCAGAGCGACGCAGAUUUGGCUCCACGACAAUCGAAUAAAUGAGCGAACGCCUGAGAGUUUAUCCGAAAAGGAACGUUAUACACCUCACAUGUCGGGUACCAUUGAGGUGUACGUUUGUACUACAUAGCAGCAGAACCAAUGUUGUAGUAGCGGUAAGGUGUAUCCUUUGAUUUGACUGUUGAAUGAAACAACAUCCAUUUUUUACAUCCAUUCGUUUUGAAAUCACCGCUCUGUAUUAAAUGUAAACCCGAUCAAAGUCUUUAGACCAGUUGAAAAAUAGCUAUAGCUUAAGUAGCUAAUAUAUAGCUACUAUAGUAAUAGCACAUUUGGAUCUUAAUGAGGUUUUAAGUAGAGCUACAAUGUGACAAAAAGUACUUUGAAAUAGUCAUUUAUUGAAAACAGUGGCGCUGCACGGUGGUCGAGUGGUUAGCACGCAGACCUCACAGCUAGGAUACCCGAGUUCAAUCCCACUCUCGGCCAUCUCUGUGCGUGGGUUUUCUCCGGGUACUCCGGUUUCCUCCCACAUUCCAAAAACAUGCUAGGUUAAUUAGCCACUCCAAAUUGUCCAUAGGUAUGAAUGUGAGUGUGAAUGGUUGUUUGUCUAUAUGUGCCAUGUGAUUGGCUGGCCACCAGUCCAGAGUGUACACCGCCUCUCUUGCCUGAAGACAGCUGGGAUAGGCUCCAGCACCCCCGCGACCCUCGUGAGAAAAUGUGGUAGAAAAUGAAUGAAUAAUAAUAAUAAUAAUAACAAAAGAAGGCUGCAUGGCGGUUGAGCGGUUAGCGUGCAGACCUCACAACUAGGAGACCCGAGUUUGAUCCUCAUGGGAAUAAGCAGUAGAAAAUGAAUAAAUGAAUGAAUGAUUCGGUUGAGCUGGUUUCAUAAUUAUAAUCAUAGUUAAGUUGGUGUGUGAUGAGUUUAGUGUUCUUUGUAAGAACACUAACACAUUCCAAAAACAUGCUAGGUUAAUUGGCGACUCCAAAUUGUCCAUAGGUAUGAAUGUGAGUGUGAAUGGUUGUUUGUCUAUAUGUGCCCUGCGAUUGGCUGGUCACCAGUCCAGGGUGUACCCCGCCUCCCACCCAAAAACAGCUGGGAUAGGCUCCAGCACCCCCACGACCCUUGUGAGAAUAAGCGGUAGAAAAUGAAUAAAUUAAUGAAUGACUAGGUUUAGCUGGUUUCAUAAUUAUACCUUUAGAGUGUUAAGUUGGUGUGUGAUGAGUUUAGUGUUCUUUGUAAGAACACUAACACAUUCCAAAAACAUGCUAGGUUAAUCGGCGACUCCAAAUUGUCCAUAGGUAUGAAUGUGAGUGUGAAUGGUUGUUUGUCUAUAUGUGCCCUGUGAUUGGCUGGCCACCAGUCCAGGGUGUACCCCGCCUCUCCCCCGAAGACAGCUGGGAUAGGCUCCAGCACCCCCACGACCCUUGUGAGAAUAAGCAGUAGAAAAUGAAUAAAUGAAUGAAUGAUUCAGUUGAGCUGGUUUCAUAAUUAUACCUUUUGAGUGUUAAGUUGGUGUGUGAUGAGUUUAGUGUUCUUUGUAAGAACACUAACACAUUCCAAAAACAUGCUAGGUUAAUUAGCGACUCCAAAUUGUCCAUAGGUAUGAAUGUGGGUGUGAAUGGUUGUUUGUCUAUAUGUGCCCUGCGAUUGGCUGGUCACCAGUCCAGGGUGUACCCCGCCUCCCACCCAAAAACAGCUGGGAUAGGCUCCAGCACCCCCACGACCCUUGUGAGAAUAAGCAGUAGAAAAUGAAUAAAUGAAUGAAUGAUUCAGUUGAGCUGGUUUCAUAAUUAUACCUUUUGAGUGUUAAGUUGGUGUGUGAUGAGUUUAGUGUUCUUUGUAACAACACUAACACAUUCCAAAAACAUGCUAGGUUAAUCGGCGACUCCAAAUUGUCCAUAGGUAUGAAUGUGAGUGUGAAUGGUUGUUUGUCUAUAUGUGCCCUGUGAUUGGCUGGCCACCAGUCCAGGGUGUACCCCGCCUCCCACCCAAAAACAGCUGGGAUAGGCUCCAGCACCCCCACAACCCUGGUGAGAAUAAGCAGUAGAAAAUGAAUAAAUUAAUGAAUGAUUCAAUUGAGCUGGUUUCAUAAUUAUACCUUUUGAGUGUUAAGUUGGUGUGUGAUGAGUUUAGUGUUCAUUCCAAAAACAUGCUAGGUUAAUUGGCGACUCCAAAUUGUCCAUCCAUUUCUCGCAAAUUUUCAACUGGUCUUAAGAUUAUGUUUAAAUACCUACAAAAUUCUGGUCCGGCACUCUUCCCCGAUGGCGUGAACUGCUCAGUCAGUAACACUGUACCCGACGCUCUGACACUGUACGCAUCACACCCAGUCCACAGCCUUGUAUAAGCUUUUUUCUACACUGUAUAAUUGUAUAAUGGGCAUUCAGAUGACUAUAUAUUUUUCUACGUAUUUCUAAUAUAUACGUACAAAUACAUACAGUAUAUAAUCUGUGCUUCUCGGUGAAGUCUUUAUGUUACGGUGUCGCCAUUAAAAAGCGCUUUAAAAGAGACUGAAAAGCUUGAAAACGAAGCUGGAUUAACGAGUGUUUGGCGUGUAUGGCUGCACGGCGUCACUUUCUAGCGCACGUUUCCAUCACCAUGCAAUGAACCGUUGAACGAAUCAACACGGUAAGGAUAAUAGAACCGCAUCACGCCCUCCUUUCAUAAUAUGUCCGUCGCACAUCCCGCCUUUUAUAAUGUGGACAUCUGUGUGUCUCUUCUCCGUUGUUGUUGUAAGCCCAUCCGCCAUGCGCACACACUGCUGCACGACAUACUUACGUACUAUAUGGUGCAUAUAACGAAGGAUGUCUGUGUGUGAUGUUGUUGUUUUGAAGUCCUGCACAAACGGCACUCAAGUCAAGUUUUAUGAUUUUGCCUUAUAAUGUGAAGCAUCGGAAAUGACAGGAAGGUCGAGCAAGCAACCAGCCAAGACAAGUUCAACCAUUUGUAACGUUUGUAAACACGCCGCAAAUGCUCUAAUUAUAGCCCAGGUGUUUCAGAAUCGGAAUCAGAAUCGCAUUUAUUGUCAUUGUAUUACAUACAACGAAAUUUGAGUGCAACUCCACGGUACAUUUUAUCGAAAGUAAAGACCUCACAGCUAGGAGACCAGGGUUCAAUUCCACCCUAGGCCAUCUCUGUGUGGAGUUUGCAUGUUCUCCCCGUGCAUGCGUGGGUUUUCUCCGGGUACUCCGGUUUCCUCCCACAUUCCAAAAACAUGCUAGGUUAAUUAGCCACUCCAAAUUGUCCAUAGGUAUGAAUGUGAGUGUGAAUGGUUGUUUGUCUAUAUGUGCCCUGUGAUUGGCUGGCCACCAGUCCAGGGUGUACCAAGCUGGGACAGGCUCCAGCACCCCUGGCGACCCUCGUGAGAAUAAGCAGUAGAAAAUGAAUAAAUGAAUGAAUGAUUUGGUUGAGCUGGUUUCAUUAUUAUGCCUUUUGAGUGUUAAGUUGGUGUGUGAUGAAUUUAGUGUUCUUUGUAAGAACACUAACACAUUCCAAAAACAUGCUAGAUUAAUUGGCCACUCCAAAUUGUCCAUAGGUAUGAAUGUGAGUGUGAAUGGUUGGCUGGCCACCAGUCCAGGGUGUACCCCGCCUCUCACCCAAAGACAGCUGGGAUAGGCUCCAGCACCCCCCGCGACCCUCGUGAGAAUAAGCGCUAGAAAAUGAAUGGAUGAAUGAAUGAUUCGGUUGAGCUGGUUUCAUAAUUAUGCCUUUUGAGUGUUAAGUUGGUGUGUGAUGAAUUUAGUGUUCUUUGUGAGAACACUAACACAUUCCAAAAACAUGCUAGAUUAAUUGGCCACUCCAAAUUGUCCAUAGGUAUGAAUGUGAGUGUGAAUGGUUGUUUGUCUAUAUGUGCCCUGUGAUUGGCUGGCCACCAGUCCAGGGUGUACCCCGCCUCUCACCCAAAGACAGCUGGGAUAGGCUCCAGCACCCCCCGCGACCCUCGUGAGAAUAAGCACUAGAAACUGAAUGAAUGAAUGAAUGAUUCGGUUGAGCUGGUUUCAUAAUUAUACCUUUUGAGUGUUAAGAUGGUGUGUGAUGAGUUUAGUGUUCUUUGUAAGAACACGAACACAUUCCAAAAACAUGCUAGGUUAAUUGGCCACUCCAAGUUGUUCAUAGGUAUGAAUGUGAGUGUGAAUGGUUGUUUGUCUAUAUGUGCCCUGUGAUUGGCUGGCCACCAGUCCAGGGUGUACCCCGCCUCUCACCCAAAGACAGCUGGGAUAGGCUCCAGCAUCCCCCCGCGACCCUCGUGAGAAUAAGCAGUAGAAAAGGAAUGAAUGAUUGGGUUGAGCUGGUUUCAUAAUUAUACCUUUUGAGUGUUAAGUUGGUGUGUGAUGAGUUUAGUGUUCUUUGUAAGAACACGAACACAUUCCAAAAACAUGCUAGGUUAAUUGGCGACUCCAAAUUGUCCAUAGGUAUGAAUGUGAGUGUGAAUGGUUGUUUGACGUUGCUAAUGAUUUGGAGUGCAUGAGAAAGUGCAGAGGACGAAGUAUGUUGCACAAUAUAACAGGAGAUUGCCUCCAGCCGCAGCUGUGUUUUUCGAUUGUUUUGCUUUGGUACACCAGAGGCAUUCAUUGGAGCAUUUACGGCGGUCUACUUUUCAUUAUUGCAGUACGGACUUCCUACAGUGCUGUCUCUCGGCUCACUUUGUGUUUGUUUGUUUUUUUUUCAUGUGACAAAAUGCUUUAUGACGGUGUGUGUUUGCCUGUGAGUGAGCGGAAAUCCACGGUAUAUUUAAAGCUAUACUCCCUAUAAUCCAAUUUGGUAUUACGAGCGUAAACAGUGAUGGUGACUCUAUGAAAUAAUUGUCGGUUUAGUGUGAUGGCUUUUGCAAAAAUUCCAGAAUCUUGCCAUUUAUUUUGGUCUUGGUUUGACUCGGUGUAGCCUAUCUCUUGCCAAAAAAAGGAAAAUAUUAUUGUUGCUUUUAUCACUGGCCCUCUAGCUUUCUAAAUGUGUGUGUGUGUGUGUGUGUGGAUCACAAGCAUAACAGCAGUAACAAGUGAAUGUAUUAAGUGUUUAUUGUUGGUGCAAAUGUGUAAAAAAACUAUAUAUAUAUAUAUAAAUAUACAGUAUAUAUAUUUAUAUGAAAAGCCCUUUGCCUUAUUUUACACUGCCAAUCAAAUGGUGACUUUUCAGGAAGACAUUUUUCAGGUGGUUCUUUUUUCUGGCUGAUGAGUGUCUACUAAUAAAUUUGUCUUUAGCAUUUCAA